AUGAGUGUCCCAAAAUUAUUUUCAAUAUUCCUGUCUAAGAAACUGUGGGAUUCCCUCAUAACGCAAACAACUUUAUUGGAAAAUGAGGUAUUGAAUAAAAGAGAAUUGCAAUACGAAUACGAAUCUGAGGAUGAAGAAGAUGAUUACUUGACAGAACAUAUAGACAGUUAUACAAAACAAUUUCAUGGUUUUGCGAAAAUUUUGUCUAGCGUUUAUUUUUAUGCAGCUAACGUAUACGUACUGUCGCCAUUCAUUGAGUAUGGAUAUCAUGUAUAUAAGGGCAAUGAGAGAAUAUACCCUCAUAUUUUACCAGGAUGGUCCCCCCAAGACGCUAGUGUUAUUAGUUAUUCUAUACUUAUCGUAGCAGAAGUUAUAGCUGCAGAGUAUUGUGUCAAACUCCAUACAGUAUAUGAUGUAACUGCAAUCGGAUUGAUGAUUUUUAUACGAGGUCAAUUCUCAUUGCUACAUCAGUUCAGCGAACAUAUUGGAGGAAGAGGCAAUGACUUAUCCUUAUCAAAGAGGAGAGAUGAUCGUGCUCAUUAUAGGAUUAAAAAGUGUCAUUACGUCCAUAUUUCAUUACUGAAAUCAGUCAGUGAUUUGGACGACCUAAUAAGGAAUGUUCUAGGAAUAUAUUUUUGUAUUGCUGCUAUGACGCUAUGCUCUGCUGCUGUCCAAUUACUAAAAUGGAAUAGUCUCAAUGCAAUGGAAAUAGUAUCUCUGCUGCAGUUUCCGAUCGCUACACUAACUCAGCUUUACCUGUUCUGUCUGUACGGAGACGGCAUGUUCAGUGAGGUUGUAAACUGUGAUUAA